ACAGAUAAUUAUUGGGAAAUGUAGAUUUAACGAUAAACAACCACGUAGCGUGUAUACAGUUGUUCAGUGGCUUAGCUUUAGUGUGAGUUGGUAAAAAUGACUAACUUAAUCACCAAACAUCUAAUGGCCUACUCGCUUCUGGUGGUGGGGUACCUCAUAGUGAGGAAGUACAUUAAAGUCACUUCCGACAAUCUCUCGACCUCUACGACAACCGGGACCAUUGCUGAAGACACAGCUAGUGCCAUAGUAGCUCUGGCUGAGAGAAUAGAGUACCUCAACAGCCAUGCAGUCCACAUCCCAGACACAGACUCAGAAGCAGAGGAAGAGGUAAAGGCGUGGAUUUCCAAGGCAAAAGUGGAACUGGAAACCCUGGUUAGGAAGUAUAUAAAGGAGAAGAACUUGCGCCCAGAGGGUAAAGACGUACUUGAGGUAGUGGACCGACGGGGGCGAGGAGUCAGAUUGUACUUGAGGAACAUGAACAUGGCAGAGUCUCCAGACAUGAUAAGCUACAAGAAACAACUUGAGGAUCUGAAGAGUACAAACUGGGAGAAGGAAUCUGAGAAUAUUAGAAAAAGAAGAAUGGGGUUGUAGAAUAGGAGAGCAUCAAGUGAAAUCUUUGAAAUAGUUGUUAAUGUAGGUGUAAAUAUUUUUUUCAACAAUUUAAUUUAUUUUAUGAAAUUUUUGCUUUUAUUCACGCCAAUAGAAUUGGUAUAUUUUUUGUAAAGGAAAGUUUCAUACCCUGGUCUUAAUGUUGAUGAAACGAUAUCACUUGGAAUUGAACAAGCGACUUUUAGAUUUGAUGGCAAUUGCUAUAGCCACUAGACUACCUAGACAAUUAGAAAACUGUUUAGGAUACCAAUAUUUUGUUAUUUAUAUUUUUAACAAACUACAUUGACAAAACUCGAAAAUCAGAAUUUUCAUAUUUUGAUUUCUUUAAAUUGUGCGUUGCAUUUUAAGUGUGUGUUCAAGGGUCAUGACAGACUGUUAAUAUAGAAAAUAUAUUAUAAUAGUUGUAUAUUAUGUAUUUUAGAAAUAUUUGUCACAUUAUUUCUUUUGCUACGGCUGGUUGAAAAUACUCCUGAAUGCUUUAAGAACCAUAAACAUAAGCCAUUGUUGCUCUGUUUGUUUUGUCCAUGACUUUUGUUAGCAGGAAUGUACAUAAAAUGUUAAGUUUGGGGUUGUUAAAGACUUAAAUCUACUUUUAAACAACAAGCUGUUUAAUAGGAUUGCCUUAGUAAUAAAAAUAAAUUGGUCAUAGACUUCAUGUAUGGUCAUAGUCCGUUUGGAUUUUGUAAUGACAUAUCUAACCUUGAUACUUGUUUCUUGCAUUCAUUUUUUAAUUUGUAGUUGUAGGAAAACUCCUCUUUGUAGUGUACCAUUAUUACAGUUUGAUUUGUCUAUGUUUGUUUAAUACACCUAAAUAAACACCGAUAUAGUACUCCGACACAGAAAUAAUAAAGUGUUAAAACUUAAUUGCAAAAGUAUUAUGCAGAUAGAUGCAAAUGCAAAUUAUAAAGUUGGUUAAGAAUUUAGUUCACAUAAUCAACCCUUCUAGUAAUUUACCUAAUAUUUCUACACAUUUCAAAUCUGCUUCCUACAUAGCUUACAGAUGAUACCUUAUCUAUUAAUAAGCUAUGUCGACAUCUGAUUCAGUUUACCUGACAUUGAAUAUUUACAAGAAAGAUCCUUCUUAACUUGUACUGAAGAAUAAUAAAAACCCUCCAUCAGUCUAUUUAAAUGAAUCGAUAAUUCUUCAUUCAUAUGGCAUUCUUACAUUAGUGUGUUCAGUGAAAAAUAUACAUUGUAAAAAACAGCUAAAUAAAGAGGAAAGAUAACAAAUAGGUAUGAAAACUAAAAAUUCAGUAUUUGAGACACUUAUUGUAGGCUAAAUUGUAUGGGGGAGCGAGCUGGUCUAGUGGUUAGACCGCGGGACUCCGGUUCCAGGGGUCUCGGGUUCAAAUCCCGCCAAAUCACCAUUGGAUUUUAUCUAAGUGAUAAUGCCGUAACCCCUAGAAGUAAUGCUGUACCUGAAGUAAUGUGAAAAACAAUUCUGGGCUCAUGCCUAGCGUCCUAGGGGGGAAAAAUUGCAAAUUGUAAGAGAAAUUGAGCUUUGUUUUACAUAACAUUAAAAUCUAGACAGUACAAUUACUGCAUAUUUAUGCAUUAGAAUAUUAAAAUUUGCUAUAAAUUAUAUAGUUUCACUAUGAUUUUUGUAAUAAGCCAAUGCCAUAUUAAACCUUAAUAAUAGUGGUCUUUAGAUUCAAAGAGAUAAAUUUACAUUGUUAAUUAAUUGUAAUUAUAUAAGGAGUUUGUGAUUGUGUAUCAACAAAUUGU